AUGGAGAGGGGGACUGGAGCCGCCAUAGAGCAGCAGGCGUGGAGGGGGGGAUUGGAGCCGUGUGGGGAGCACGACUACACGCUCUCCCCCUCCAACCCUGCGCACGUGAGCGGGCGGAUACCAGAGGCGCUGCAGGGCACGCUGUACCGCUGCGGACCGGGGCGGAUUCGAGUAGGGGGGAGCAAGUUUGGCCACUGGUUCGAUGGUGAUGGCAUGGUCUACGCCCUGCAUCUGGACGGCCCCACCGGUACGGCAAGGUUUGUCUGCAAGUGGGUGCGCACAUCAGCCCUGGAGCAGCGGGGCGGACCAGAGGCCACUGCUGGAGGACAGCUCAAGAACGUUGGGCUGCCUGCUAACCCCGUCAACACCAGCAUCAUCCACUUCGCAGGAAAGCUGCUGGCGCUGUGCGAGGGCGGCCCGCCAUUCCUCCUGGAUGCGCUCUCGCUGAGCACGCUCGGCCCCUACUCCUUCCCCAACCUGCCUCUGCCCUUCUUCUCCGCCCACCCCAAGCUCGACCCUUCUACUGGAGAGCUUUACAACUUUGGCAGUGUGCUGUUUGGCAUGCAGCCAUUCGCCAUCGCAGCGGACGGGCAGCACACACGCAUGGGCGCGCUACAGGGCUCGCCAGAGGUGGCUCUCGUGCAUGACUGUGCCAUGUCACAGCGCUUCUUCGUCUUCACCAUCCCUCCCUACGCCGCCUCUGCUGGGGACGUUGCUCAGAUGCUAGCAGGGCAGCAGUCACUGGGCAGCAGGUUCACAUACGACGAGUCAAAGCCCACGUGGGUGGUGGUGGUGGGCAAGGACAGCCUGUCAGUGGAGGUGCAGCUGGACGUGCGGCCGCCCUUCUCCAACUACCACUUCUGCAACGCUUAUGAGGAGGGUGAUAAGCUCCACGUUCUCUUGACCGUUCUGGACGGCCCUCGCGAUGGGCUGGAAGCCGUGUUCAAGGACAUGUAUGGAGAAUCAUGGCAGCGCCGUAACCAGUGCUCUGUGUGGGAGCUUGUAUUCGACACCAACACCUGGGACCUCCUCUCCCGCCGCCGAGCCAUGCAUUCCGAACCUGGCACGCGAGGUCCGGUGCUAGGCAUGGAGUUCGCCGUUGUUAACCCUGCGUACACGAGCAGGAAGAGCAGGUACUUGUAUGUGCUUGGGUCCAUGCCUGAGAGGGAGAGGGAGGAGCGGUGGAUGCAGGGAGGCUUGGGGGAUGGCGUCUGGUAUGGAGGACCAGGAGUGCAGGGGGGGGAGGACGGGGAGGGAGAGGAGGGAGUGGAGGGAGAGGAGGAGGAGGAGGGUGGGGAGGGAGAGGGUUGGGAGGAGGGAGGGGAGAAGAUGGCUGAGUAUGGUUACUUGAACUGUAUUCAGAAGUACGAUUUAAAGACAAAGCAAGUGACCACUCAUGUCACGCCACCUGGCUGCUACGUCAACGAGUGCAGCUUCAUUCCUGACAGUGACUCUGAUAACGAGGACGCCAGUAAGGAGGACGACGGGUAUCUGGCGGCGUUUGUGUAUGACGCAUCACGGCACAGGUCGCAUGUGGUGGUGCUGGACGCGAGGGACGUGGCUGCACCCCCGGUGGCAGUGAUGCAUCUGCAGUCACAUGUGCCGUACCAUUUCCAUGGCACCUGGGCUGGCAAAGCUGCCGUGAAUCGAGACGACCUUUGA